UUCUUCCCCACGCUGUUAUCUCUCGCAGUCGCACGCAAACGACUAGCACAGCAAACACGCCCCCCUCGCUCGCGGCACGGCGACUGCAAUCCACCGCGGCUCGCUCGCUGCCUUCGCCGGUGAUCUGGCCUCUUCGAGUCCGGGAAUCAGAUAUCCCCAGCCCCUCCCUUCCCGCCGAAUCGGCGCGGGAGAGGAUGGCGUCCCGGCGGGGCAGCAGCAGUUGCGCGCUCUGCGAGGGAUCCAACCUGCCGUCCUGUUGCGCCGUGUGCGUCAACGCGAGGCUGCUCGAGUACCACACGAGGCUGCGCAUGAUGAGGAGUCUCCGCGACUCCCUCCAGGCCCGAAUCGCCACACGCCUCGAAGCCAAGAACAAAACAGAUGAGCAGAGGAUCUGGAGAGCCAGCAAAGCACAGGAUAUUAAGGAGUUGAGGGAUCGGCUCACUGAAUUGAAGAGAAAAACUGCCAUAGACAAGACCAAGGUUGAGCAGGCAUCGAGUGAUCUCAAGGCAAAAACUGCGUCAUUGAAUUUGGCUUUUGUCAUGCUGAAAAAGAGGCGAGCUGAUGCAGUGGCCAUGCACACCAAUGCCAUGAAAAUUGCACAGAUGAAUCUCAUGGCAACCACCUCAGAUUGUAUGAAAAUGCAAUCAAAAUCUGUAAAGCAACUUUGCAGAUUGUUUCCAAUGCGACGAGUUAUUAAAGAGGGAGAAAAGAAAAACGAGUACAGUGGUCCAUAUGAUUCGAUAUGUGGGGUUCGUCUUCCUCGUGGUCUCGAUCCACAUUCUAUUCCAUCAGAAGAACUGUCGGCAUCUUUGGGGUACAUGCUACAUUUCAUCAAUAUUGCAGUGCGUAUCCUAUCCGCGCCUUCUCUUCAUGUAUCAGGCUUUAAGGGUUCAUGCUCAAAUAUAUGGCAGCGGAGUUCCUACUGGAGCGCACGACAGUCCCAGAGCAAGGUUUACCCUCUUUUUAUACCUAGAAAAAAUGUUUGCACAGGUGGUGAAGAAACUUCACUGACAGAAAGUGGUUCGAGUAACUUUGGAGUUGACUCUGUGGAUUCUGUCAAGAAACCUUCUUUUGAUUCCAAUAGAAGCAAUAGCUUUAGCUUUUCUGGUGCAUCUUCCCACUCCAUGGAGAGGCAUCAAUAUUUGCAGAGAGGAAUAUCACUAUUAAAGACAAGUGUUACAGCCAUUACUACCUACUAUUAUAACUCACUGGGCUUGGAUGUGCCAUCCAAUCUUUCUACUUUUGAGGCGUUUGCAAAGUUGCUCCAUAUGUUAUCGUCAUCAAAGGCCCUUCGAACUGCUUUUGAAUCGAACAUUGCCUCAAGGUCAGAAAAGCAAGUGCAGCAGCUAAACAGAUCGGUUUGGAAGGCAAGUUCGGCCAUAUCAUCGGACAGCAGUUUUAUGGACAGCAUGCACACAGCCAUCAUGCCCAGCACUCUGGACAACCUCCUCCAGAACUCAAACGAGAGCUUCUUGUACACCGGUAAGCUGGUGAAGCAUGGUGGCGUGCCAGAUAGCAUACUCGACGGCUGGGACCUGGUAGAGCGUGAGGUCCUACCACCACCACCCUCGCAGGUUGAAGACGUCGCGCAGUGGGAAAGAGCCAUGUAUGCUGGCACCAAAAAGAAAUGACCUCUAUUUACAUGUCCUCAACCAUUAGAACACUGCAAGAGCUUUAGAUAUGUACCUGAUCAUCAGGUUCAGGUUCUGGUUCUGGUUCAUGUACAGUAGCAGUACAGAGUUAACCUCACCCUGGCUGUGACCUGUGAGUCAUCUACACUGCAAGAAUGCAGAGAGGGGAAUUGUAGUGUAGGGUUGAUUUGCUGCCAUAUGUACAUCAGUACAUGUAGUGCAGCGCUGUAAAUUUGUAAAUAUAACUUCUGUACCGUUUAGAACGGAAUGUAAAAUACCCGUGGAACACUUUUACAUUCCUUCCUAUGAGUACAAUACAACUGAGAAGGAAUUCUUUUA